AGAGAGCUGAUGUCACAAGUGCUUUGAGCAGAGAGCUUAUAAACUGUGACAGCCUGACAAACCAUCGAACUGCUCAACAGACAGACGAGGACGAAACGUUACACCUAGAAGUCAUCAGAAACACCAUGUAUCACCUGAGAGUGCCUGUGUUUCUCCUGGUGGCGCUUGUGUUGCUCCGCUGCAUCACAGCCGCUCCAAGUGUCAGGUACUUCAGACCCGGCUCCUCCGACGACGACGAGCAAGAAAAUGCUCAUCCAGACAAGGCGAGCAGGUCACUGCCUGAGCUAAACUUCGACCCGUUCCUCGGCCUCAUGGGCGCGCGGCUUCAGAGGGGGCUCACAGCAACGAACAGUCAUCAAUUACAGAAGAGAAAGUGCAACACAGCCACUUGUGUGACCCAGAGGUUAGCAGACUUCCUGGUCCGGUCCAGUAACACCAUCGGGACGGUCUACGUCCCGACAAACGUGGGCUCGAGCACCUACGGCAAGAGGGACCUACAGCCUCCCCCCGACUACCUGCCUUUCUAGUACAGAUACCCCAGUGACCUAAUGAUCAUGUCUUACAAUGAAUGUGAGAAUGUCGACUCCAAAAAAUGAUCAAAAAAAACAAAAAAAAUCAUUUGAUAAGCAUCAAGACUACAGUGCCUUUGAGUUAAGCCAUCUGAAUCCAUGUAUGUUUUCUUCCAGCUUUGUGAAUGUCGUAAAUCACAGCACUACUGAAAUGGAAAAAAAAAUUCAAAAAAUAGAAUAAUUAUAAAUUAUUCUGUCGGACAGAAGAAUUGUAAAGCCCUUUAAUAUGAAUCAUCUGAUAUGUUUUGAUAAUAAAAAUGUUGAA